GAAAAUUUCCAGAGAAAACCAGAAUGUUCACCAAAUCACUAUAAAUUCUCAGCUCUUUCCCAAUCUUCGCCAAUCAGAAACUUCAAACUAAAGAUUCUCUAAUACUAUUCGUUUGUAUUCAAUCGAAGCUCUUCCAACUCUCAAUUACAGUCACCCGUUCAAGUAUACCUCAGAACUCGGGAGAUGUCGAUGAUUCCAAGCUUUUUCGGUGGCCGACGGAGCAACAUUUACGAUCCUUUUGCCACUUUCGAUCUCUCAGAUCCAUUCGAUUUUCAUUUUCCUUCUUCAAUUUUAACUCAAGUUCCUGAAAUUUCUCGAGAAACUUCGGCUCUGAUGAACACUCAUGUUGACUGGAAGGAGACGCCAGAGGCUCAUGUAAUGAAAGCCGAUCUGCCUGGAUUGAAGAAAGGGGAAGUGAAAGUGGAGAUUGAAGACGGUAAAGUACUUCAGAUCAGCGGCGAAAGGAGAGUAGAGAAAGAGAACAAGAACGAGACCUGGCAUCGGAUUGAGCGUAGCUGUGGAACGUUCCAGAGAAGAUUCAGGCUGCCGGAGGAUGCAAAAAUGGAGGGGAUUAGGGCAUCCAUGGAGAACGGAGUUCUCACUGUGACUGUUCCGAAGGCGGCAGAAAAGAAAACGGAUGUGAAGUACGUUGAAAUUUCUGGCUGAAUGAUUGAACAUUUGGAUUUGAAUGUGAAAAAUUGUCAAAAAUUAUUUAAUAAAUAACCAAAUUUAGACCAUUAUC